GUGAAGUGCGGUCGCGACGGAGCCGGUUCGACAAGCCGCAUGCGAGCUGGAUUGAGAGCGCACAAGUAAAAGUGUAAAGAAAGUUCCCAGAUGCUUAAGUUUCAUAAGUUUUACGGAAUUUUUACAAACCGGCAAUAAGUGUUGCGACAGACGUAAUUUCGGCUUAGCGGCGCGCAGACAUCAAAAAACGGUCAACGCACACAACAUUCGAACCGGCUUAAACGGUAGCACUAAAGCUAAACAGCAGCUAGGGAAGUCAGAGAGGGAGAGAGAGUGGGGGGCAUAGGCUGUAUAACACAAAAAUACUUAUUUUCAUAUAGACACAUAAAAAUUUGCAAUUAUGUUGCAAGGUAUGAAGGCAAAUCAGCUGGUUUUGUGGUUGCUGUUGUCGCUAUUUUUAGCCAGCCACGCAAUCGAGCUGUUGGAACAGAAUACCAAUGAACUAUUGGAACUGAAGGCAACAAAUGCAACGCAGACAAAUCAAACCGCCUCAAUCAAGGCAGCUAGCGAUGCCAUACCACGACAAUAUCCACCACAAUUUGGCGGGCCCUCAGGUGGUGGCGGUGGUGUUGGCGCCGGUGGCGGUUUUAACAAUUUCGCCGGCUGUCCACUCUGCGAUUCCUCCGUUUACAGUUAUUGUUCGCAGAAAAUGUUGCACGAUGGCUGUUGCUGUGAUUUUCCAGUACCCCAGCUGCGCCCUCCGCAGUGUUUCUAUACUGACUGCUCACUGUUAUAUGCUAAAUCCUGUUAUGAACACUCGCUAAUCAAGAACUGUUGCUGUAACAAUCCAUACUGAACAAAUGAUUGCACCUAGUAAAUAUUUAAAACUAAAUUGUAUUAUUUAUUUAUUUAUUAAUAAAACUAGAUUUAUUAGUGUGAGAC